AUGCGCGCUCCUUCACCGGCCUCGACAAUAUACUCUGCUUCUUCCUCUCUUCGCCUGCACAACACUCUCAAAUUUAGCCCAAAAAAAAACCACUAGAGGAAUUUUUUCCGGUCACUGUGUUUCCACCGGAAAAUGGCGAAUCUGCCGGAUUCUCUGUACGAGGACUACAAUCUCAUGGCGACGUUGUCUUCCGCCGCCGGAGCUUCCACCAGCCGAGCUCCGCCCUCCGUCGUCACCAUCUGCCGCUGGAUCAAUGACCUUCAGUUUCCGCCGAUCCGAGAAUUCGCUCUCCAAAAUCUCUCAGACAAUAGGAACAGUUUUGAGGACUUGGCGCUGCUGUUAUGGAGUUCUACUGCUUCAGUUGCCACACUAUUACAGGAGGUCAUUGGAGUGUACCCAGAGCUUUCAUUGCCAAUUUUGACUCUUAGGAAGUCAACUCGAGUGUACAAUGCUCUGCUUCUGUUCCAGUGCAUAGCCAAACACCCUGAGACGAGGACAAAAUUUCUUACGGCUAUGAUGCUUCACUAUUUCUACCCUUUGCUGCAAACGAGGUACACAGAUAGGCCCCGUGAAUACCUAAGGCUCGGGGGGUUGGGUAUUCUUGCUCAGCUGUUGAAAGGGCCGGACUAUGGAGCUACAGUCCAUUUACUUAUCCAUUCUGAUGCCGUCCGUUCUUGUCUUCAUUGUAUCGACGUUGGCGAUCUUCCAUCGCAGACACUUGCGACAUUUAUACUUCACAAGAUACUGAUGACAGAGGAGGGGCUUCAGUACUGCUGUGUUUUGGCCGAGAGGUACUUUUUCAUAGACAGUCUCCUUAAACAGCUGCUCCUCAAGCUGGCCACCAUGAACAGGCCGCCCCCUCCCAGCUUGUUGCAGCUUGUUGCUGGUUGCUACUACAGGCUCUCAAUGAAAGCCAGGGCGUGCGAAGGAAUAAAACAGUACAUUCCCGUCUUGCUCGUGGACAACACCUUUGCUGAAUUACUUGCUGAGGAUCCGCUCGCCAACGAUUACAGGAACAAGCUGCUUCUGAAUCUGAGAAACAAAGCGUUGUACUAAACAACCUGUGAGUUGCUGUAUCAUCAAACAAAAACUUAUACGACAAAAGCCGAAACACAGACACAGAGGUAACGGGUUAAAAACACACAAAGGUAAUAAUUAAUAAAACUGUAAUGGGAUAUUUGCGGUUUCAUUAACUUCUUCAGGCAAAACUGUCUUACUUUUGGACAAAUGUUCUGUUGCAAGGCUUGUAAUAAUAAUACUCCCCGGAUACUAUCUUGAUUUGCUGUUCAUAUUAAUAUUAUGAACAAAAUUAUGAAGAUGGAAAGGUUUUGCAGAAAUCUGAAAUCUGAUUGAUUUAAAUUGAUUGGUAACAACAGCAAGAUGUGAAACUAAAAAAAGCCUCGAAACAGUUCUCUGUCGACAAGUGGACAACGAAAAUAUGUGCCCUUUGA